CACAAAACUUCUGUUGAAUUUUCAAUGUUCAAUGGAAAGCAGCAUUUUUAUAAUAUAUAAACAAUCGCAAGGAUGCUUCAAACAUUAAAAAAAGUUCUACUGCUUACCACUAUAUAUAUGCAUACAAAAUAGCUAAAGAAAAUUCACUCAUACUUACGAGAGUAAACAUUCUCUUCUUUCAUCUCCAUUCUUACAUCUCUUUGAGUUCUGCAAAAACAAAAUCAUAGGCAUGGAUAUGACAUUCAUUUCCUUUGCAAAUGCACAGAAGGAUAUGGAACGCCUCUUCAAUCACUUUGAUACUAAUGGAGAUGGUAAAAUUUCCUCAUCUGAGCUUCAGCUUCUUAUGAAAACUAUUGGAGAAGAGCUCUGCUCUGAGGAAGCUGAGGCCAUGCUACGAUAUGUUGACUCAGAUGAUGAUGGUCUACUUGGCAUGGAAGACUUCAUUAGAUUGGCGGAGAUAGAAAGUAGUGAAGAAGAAAAGAGUAAUAAGGAAGACCACAUAGUAAAGGAAGCUUUCAAGUUAUACGAGAUGGAUGGGAAGGGCUUCAUUACAGAUAGGAGUUUGAAAAGAAUGCUUAGUCACUUGGGUUCAUCGAGGCCAAUUGAACAGUGUCGUUCUAUGAUUGCUAGCUUUGAUUUGAAUGGAGAUGGUGUGAUUUGUAUUGAGGAGUUUAGAGCCAUGAUGAUGCUCUAAUUCCCUAAUUUGUUGGUUCAUAUUUCUUAAUUUAAGAUCUAUUUUGACUGAUAUGUUAUUUGUGCUUUCAAAGAAAUAGUAUGUUAUGAAUCGUGCAGAGGCUAAUUUGAGCAGUGGACAUGGAAGCUUUUCGGAUUGUCACAAACUGAACAGUGUGGUCGUCCAUCUCCUUCAUUCUCCACUACAGCAAAUCAUUUAAUAACCUGCUAUGUGAGCCAUUAUGCCUACUACAGCUAUUUCAUUCCCUGGCACCAAUCGCAGUACCUGGAGCACAACUACCCAAGGGAAUUAGUAUUACAUAUACAGCUUACUGUACAUGCAUUUAUACAUAUCCAGAAAUCACAUUUGCAUCUGCUCUGUUUUCAUGGUCACUAUUCCUCUCUGUUGCUUUCUCCUGCUUGUCCUUGUUCACUCACCUCUAGCUCAAACAAAAAAGGGUAUAAUAUAAAAAUGCACAAAUCGUUACCUGUCUGCAAAUCCCGCGCCCAUCACCUGUUCUCUGCCAAAAUCCCGCUACUACAGUCUUAUUCGCAGUCUGCAAUGGCGCUGCUCGAGUCACUUCUCCUGCGUGUGGAGAGUAGAUCGAUCGAGUUAUUAAAUACGACGAAGCUUUCGCGCUUUUCCCCUCUGCCUUCCGAUCUCAAGCCUCCAACCCCUCAUAUUAAUUUCUUCCUGAUCUCUCACUUCCAGCCUCCGAGCCCUUCGCAAAACUUCCAACCCAAAUGAAGUCGAACUCCCACAUCCAACUGGCCUCAUUCCAUUCUUCUUCUUCGCCUCUUCCGAACCCAAACCCACGGCCAUAUCUCCCUUCCCGAAUACCCUCAGCCACAUACACCUGCCCGAUGUAUGUAACCAGUCCGAAUUCAACUAGAUAACCCCAAUUCCUCCAACCUUUUCCUCCUCUUGCUCUGAUCGAUCUCCUCUUCCCUAGCCUUGUCCGACCUCCCGGACCUUCCGAUCCACAGAGAGAGAGAGAGAGAGAGAGAGAGAGA